AUGUCGCAACCUAAUACCCGGGAAAACCCCCUAUCCGCAUACACCAAACUAUCCCCCUCAAUCUAUAUCCAAGAACCCCAGUCGCAAUCUGAAAGCAAUGGCGCCCCCAAGACCAUCAUCCUAGCAUUCUGGAUGAAUGCUCCCCCACGAGCCCUGUCCAAAUACGUCACCGAAUACACCCGCCUAGCACCCACAGCCCGAAUCAUCAUCAUCCUAAGCUCCUCGAAGGACUUCAUGACACGAUCCGGCAAGAAGGCGCAAGAAGCGCGCCUCGCCCCAGCCGUCCAGGCUCUCCAGGCCUUCUUCUCCUCAUCUUCCUCAUCCGAAGAGAAAACCAAAGACCAAGAACAAGUGUUCGUGCACAUGUUCUCCAACGGCGGCGUCUUCUCCACAAUCAGUCUCCUGACCACUUACCGAAAGACCGUGGGCCGACCACUCCGCAUCUCAUCCACCAUCUUGGACAGUGCGCCAGGCGUAGCGACGGUAUCUGGCGCCAUGAAGGCAUUCUCGUUUGCGCUUCCGGGUCCGUGGCUUUUGCGCUUGCUUAGUAAGGUUGCGCUGUGGGUGUUUUUUGUGCUGGGGGCGCUUGUGCGCCGUCUUGUUGGGAUGUCAGAUGCUGUUAGUGUUGCGCGGAAGGCGAUGAAUGAUCAGAGGCUGGUUUGUGGUGGUGAGGGUGGGGAUAGUGGGAAGCCCAGGCGGUGCUAUAUCUAUUCGGAUGCGGACGAGCUGGUGGAUUGGAGGGAUGUCGAGAGACAUGCUGUUGAGGCGGAGGCGAGGGGCUGGGUGGUUACCAGGGAGAAGUUUCUAGGGUCGCCGCAUGUUUCGCAUAUGAGAGCUGAUCCGGAGAGGUAUUGGGGCAUUGUGAAGAGGUAUUUGUUGGUGGGAUCAGGGUGA